AGUGUUAAACUUAAUUCCUGCUGUUUUUUUGUCUAUAAAAUCGAUUUGUUUUGAAGGGAAGAUGAAUGAAUACCUUAAUCAAAAUUUUCUUCAUUUUCCACUACUUUUUCCUAUCUCCAGCAAUAGGGCAAUCCCACGACGAUAGAACGCGGUGUUUUUUGAGGCGAAUCAUUUAUUCACCCAUUUGUGGACUUUGUUGUAACUGGAGAAGUGUGUGUGUCCGUAGGUGCGUGUUGCAUCGAUCGGAAGAGAUGGUAAUCCGACGGUGCCAAGUCUGGAGAGUACGCUGGGUGCGACAGAAUUUUCUAUUCAAGCUCGCGAAGUACCUGCUUCACACUUUUUGCGACAUGCGGUUGAGCGUGCAACAAAAUUACUUUGCAUCGAUUGUUGACUACGGAUGAUCUUUUUUGCAUCAAUACGUCACUCAGUCGGUAUAAUUGCUGUUGAUAGCGAUCAGCUGUAACGGUUUUAUUUGAACCCAAGAGUUUGUAACACAGCACACUUUUCUGCUCCCACCAAACGCACAGCAAGGUCUUAUGUCCGUGAAUAUUUCUUUUCGGCGUUGAAGCGGAUGAUUGGCCGGGGUCCACCCAUGAUUUUUUCCGCUUGAAAUAAUCAAAAUAAAUCCAUUUUUUAUCGCCAGUCACGAUGCGCUACAAAAAACUUUUUUUUGCCUGGCAAACAAAAAAGUCGCAAUAGUCAAACGAUUUAAAAUGGCAUUUUCUGACAACUCAUGUGGUAGCCAUUUCCCUACCUUAUGAAUCUUUUCCAUGGUAUGCAAGCGUUUUGAGACGGCAAUUGGAGUAACAUAUUUAACUGUUUCGACAAGCGUUUGGGCUGGAUUCUCAUCGAGCAAUUCUUGCAGCUCGACAUUUAAAAAUUUUUUUGGUUGUCCUUUGUCUUUCACAUCAAAAUCACCGUUUUGGAAGCGUUUAAUCAAAUUCUACAUGUUCUUUCCGAUGGAGUUUUAUCACCAUAUACUUCGGAUAAUAAGCGAUACGCUUCAGCUGCGGUUUUCUUGAGGUCGAAGUAGUGAAGAAGCACAUGUCGAAAAAACAGCUUAUUGCGAUUCAUUUUCAGUCAAUUGGAAAAUGUUUUUGGCGUUGAGAAAUCUAAUCUAUGAGGAUUGAAUCACUUUCAGCGAUGUCUAAAUUGCAAAAGACAUAUGACUUCAUCGUCGAAACGUGCCAGCGUUGGAGCCAGCACCCUCUAGUAGCGAGCGGCAGGAAUUAAGUUUAACAGCUAAUAUUAAUUUUUUAAUGGAAAUGUAUUUUUUUUACAAUUUGUUCUUUUAUAUAGAUGAUAAAGAAUUGGAAAAAUUAAAAGCUGAAAACAAAAAAUUGUUGAAUGAUUUUAUAACUAAAGAUGGCGAAACUGCAUUUUUACGGCAGCAACUACUACAAACUCAGUUACGUGUUGAGAAUGAGAAAUUAGAAAAGAUGCGUUUAAUUGAGGAACAAGCCAAUUGUCAUAGAUCAGAGAUCAAUCAAAUUUGUAAAGAAAAAGAACAGUUGAAGACACAAUUAGAAUUACAAAAUUUAGAAAUAGGAAAUCUUCAGGAACGUUAUAGAUUGUUAGAAUCUGGAAAUAUUAAAUUAAAGGAACCACAAAUAUUAUAUAUGAACACUUCUGCUGAGAAGAACAAAUAUACUAGUUCAAUAAAUCGGCUCACAAACACAAACAAAAAUUUAAAAAUGAAAGAAGCAUGUAUACAAGCAAAUAUCUACCAAAAAAAUGCUUAUCAACUUAAGACGUGUAAUAUUUAUUUUCCUCUUGAGAGAAUUUCAGAAUUAGUGUUUGGAGCAUCGUUGCCUGAAAAAUCCAUUGUUAAUAUCAAAGUCAUGGAAAAGACUGGAAGAAGAAAUCUACCCAUUUUGCAAGAAGAAGAGACGUUUAGAAUUUUUGAAAACCCCGAAUUAGUAAAACCAGUAAUUACUACAAUAGAUGGGAAAAGGUUGACUAUAGAAUUUAUUUUGCUUGAGAUUGCAGCCAUUGAAAGAAAAAUUAAUAUCGAAAUAGAAUCGGAAAAAUGUAUACCAAUAAUCAACAAACUAAUCUUAACAACACGAGAAUUAAUAUUGAAUAUUAUAACAGUUCUGGAAACAAUUUUUCAAGCUAUGAAGAAUGAUGAUAUUCGAGAUAUGAACGAUUUAUAUUUUUCUACGAUUUAUGAAGAUCACAAUAUAUGUAUAAAGUCUGAAUGCGAAGCAGAUUCAUGGCAUGAAGGCGAACGUGGAAUCGAAGCUAGAAGAUUACUUGGUAUACUUUCACACAUUAGUACUGAAUCGUUAUAUUUAAGUAAUUACCUAGCAGGGAAGUCACAGUUGCUGACACGCAGCGACGAAUGUUACAAUCGUUACCUGCCACAAAUGACACGUUAUAAUACAUGGUCAAAGAAGGGCUAUGAGUUUGAAAUGCUAGAGAUUAUUUUGGAAUGCGUCACUUUAAUAGAACAUGUUAGGAGAUCUCAUCAAUUUACGGGUCUUAUAAAUGCUAUUGUAAAACUACUGUGUAAUGUGCAACAGAAAGUGGGUUAUUGUGAUAAAGGAUUAGAAUAUAUCUGUCUUAUAUUCAAGGAACUCGUAUUCUCGAGGCCAUUGUCAUUUUGUUAUGUUUCAUUAGCAAAUUUCAUAAUGGUUUUUGGUAAAUGCAAUGUAUUUGUAUCAAAACUAUGCACAAGUUCGCGUAAAGCUGAUGACAAUAAAAAGUUGGAAAGGAGUUUUACACUUUACACCAGCAUUUGUUGUGUUUCAGACGCUUGUGUUUUACAAAUUUUUGUGGCACAAAUGGAGCAUUUUUGUCCAAACUUUAUCACUACAGUAAACAUGACGCAUGCCUUAAUAUUAUUUGUGUGGCAUGUCUUGCAGAAAAAUAAUUUAUUGAGAAGUGAAAGUUCAGAAUCUUGUAAUUGUUAUACAAAAUUAUUACGACUUAUAAUUAAUAUGUUAAACAAGUGUUCCGAAAACAAGUUGGAUAUAAUCGAUAAUGCUGAGUGGCAAGAUUCAUUUUAUACUUCCAAAAAGUUUUAUGUCUUGAAAAGAAUUAAUUCAUGCCAAAUGAAACGUAGUAAACAAAAUGUGGAGGAGCAUCUAGCACAGACACAUUCAGGAAAAUGGGAUCGUUUUUGGUUUGACAUUAAAAAGACUCAAUAUAAAGUAUUGAGACAAGGCAUUAGAUUUUUGUGUCAUCUCGCAAUUUGUGAUCCUGAUUUUGUUAGCCGAUCGACCGAUAUUGAAGAUUCAUUUCAUUUGUUUAUACGAAACAUCGCAUUUUUUGACGAUUUGAUACUCCAUGAAAAUGAACGGGAAGCAUUAGAUCGUAUAAAAACAACAUUCAUCAAAAAUGUACAAUGUGAAGCUGAGGCAUAUUAUGAAAACAUACAUGUUAAUCAAUUACAUAUGACAAAUUUUGAAAAGAAAGUUACUCCUACGACUGAGAAGAAUCGUCAUACUGGACCCGUUGAAAAUUAUACUAGAAUGUACAUGGCCAUCAAAGCAUUGUAUAAUUCUAAAAUGGAACACAGAAAUAAUUAAAUAUAUACAAAUUAUCGA